AUCAGCGCUCAGUUGGCAGGAAGAAUCAUCAUUAGUCAGGGAUCACACAGCAGCAUCAGCAGCAAAGAGAACUCCCCUCAGCAGCAGUAAAGAGCCAUCGACCAGCAAGAGACGAACGUUUGAAUCUUUCCGAUUCGAUCACAUUGGUUUAAAGUAGUUCAACAAUGGCCACCAUGAAUCCCGAAUACGAUUACCUCUUCAAAUUGCUCCUCAUAGGAGAUUCCGGAGUCGGGAAAUCAUGCCUGCUGUUGCGUUUCGCAGACGAUACGUACACCGAGUCCUACAUAUCCACCAUUGGAGUUGACUUUAAAAUUCGAACAAUCGAACUCGACGGCAAAGUGGUAAAGCUGCAGAUAUGGGACACUGCUGGCCAAGAACGCUUCAGGACGAUCACCUCUUCGUACUAUAGAGGAGCACAUGGGAUCAUCGUUGCCUACGACGUGACGGACCAGGAGUCGUUUAACAAUGUCAAGCAGUGGCUUCAAGAAAUAGAUCGUUACGCGUGUGAGAACGUAAACAAACUCCUGGUUGGAAACAAAUGCGAUCUGACCACCAAAAAGGUUGUAGAUCAUUCGACCGCUGCUGAGUUUGCGAAACAGCUCGACAUUCCUUUCUUAGAGACUUCAGCCAAGGACUCGACGAACGUCGAACAGGCUUUCAAGAAAAUGGCCGAAGACAUCAUGGCGCGUAUGGGCCCUGCUGGAGGAGAGCAGAUCAAAUCCCAAGGAGAAGGAAAAAUCAACCCGUCCAGGCCCGUCGAACCCAACAAAGGCAGCGGCUGCUGCUAAACUCACUCGGGAAUCGGCAUGGAGAUAAUUACUAUUUUGGGGAGUUUCUCUGGACUGGCACUGGAGUUUUCCGCGGUCGGCACCGAGUGCAGGAACGGACGAGCAUAGAAGAGAGCAAGCAGGCACCCAGCGGGAGUGGCGACCGGGGUUUUAUUAAGAAGAAGAUGAUGAUGAUUCGGGGAUGUGGAAUGAGUCCGGAAGGUGUUGAGAAAAUGAGGAGACAACUACAGUAACAGCGAGUGUAGUACCAAGCAUUACUUGAAAAGAAAAAAAACAUCAAAUAACAUCAAGAGCAGCAGCAACAUCGAAACACCUACGAACCACAUGAACAGGGAGGACAGAUGCGGAAGGAAGUAAACGAGGCGAAAAUAAAUCCACACAGUCUAAGUUAUACACAAUUUUCCAACGGUGAGUUUUCAAUCGGGGUUCACACUCCAAAGCCCGAGCAGGCGAGUGAAGGAUCGAGGAACGAGCGAAACAUUUCCGAAUCCGGAGAGCGCCAAGUCGCUCAAAACGUACAACCAAAGGCCGAUAGGAUUGUGGAGAGCGCAUGAUGGAGCGUUUGUCUUGCGGAGCAAUGAUAUACAGGAAAGAUUUCGACGUACGUCUCCUCACCGUCGGACUCUAGAUACCCAGCACGGCGAAUGUCGCAGCGUUCCUCGUGUAGGUCGCACCGACUCAAGGUUGAGCACACCACAGAACUUCGCCAAAGUAUGUACCUACGUCAGGCUCCUUGCAACAGCAACAACGUCGUCCACGGAUUCGGUGGAAGCAACCAGCGACUCGGUAUGACUUCUGUGAAUGUUAGCGUUUCGGUAGUUGAGAUCGCGAGUGCACUUGAGCCUUAUCAGUUCUGUGUCAUUGGUUCGGUUGGCUGUACAUGUUCUCUCUUCAUCGAAAUUACUCUGUGUUAUUGAUUCGUACCGAACAUCAACAUGGACUGGAGGUUUGUUCCUCUAGCGCGAAAUCCAUUUUGUCUGCUGGUGGUGAUCAAGAUCAAAUGUUACUAUGCUUAGAUACGACUAUUAGGAAUACGAUUACUACAUUCAACAGAAAACAAGAAAUAAAUACAUACACACUCAAAUGCUAUAUAAAAAAA